ACCCAACAUUCUUCAGAGCAUCUAAAGGCCUACGCUGAAAAAAAAUAAAAAAUAAUAAAAAAAAAGAACGACAACAACAUUUCAUUUCAUGUGUAUAGCCGUAUAGCCUACACAUAACCAGAUACUGGCUGACAACAUAGUAACCAUGUCAUCUCAAAACACUUCAGUGCCAACGAGCUUUGCUCAAGGCUAUGGGCUUUCGUCUUCACCUGUUGCAUCAGGUCCACUAUCGUCAUCGUCAUCCUCCUUUAGACAUCCACGCAAAGAAAUCCUCAACUAUUCUGCACCAUGGCCAAUUCAAGUCAUUACACUACAAGAAUUUGCUGGGAGCGAGGGCAGAGAUUACAAUCCUACCUCUAUGUCUGACUGGGUUGCAAUAGCAGAAACGAACUAUCAACAGUACCCUGUAACCAGAAUCAAAUGGGAACCAUACAAGGGUGGACAUCGAAGACCAUACGAUCUUUUGGCAACAACAGGCGAUUAUUUGCGGUUAUGGGAUCUUAAGGAUGAUCCCGAUCAGAACGAGAGCAGCAACACAAUAGGACGAAGACAUCCUCACAACAAAGGCAAAUUUUUGUGCACUCUGACAUCUUUUGAUGGAAUUACAUUUGAUCCGGCGCUCAUUGUUACCAGUUCUAUCGAUACAACAUGCACUGUGUGGAAUGUAGAGACACAACAGGCAAAGACUCAACUGAUUGCGCACGACAAGGAGUGUGGGUGCAGAUGGAAGCGUGCGUAUGUUCGACCUCAGAGCAUUGGAAACUCAACGAUCAUUUACGAGACGACAUCUUCUAUCCCAGGAAUGCAAUCCAGCAAUCCCCAAAUGGCUGCUCAACCACCUGUACCAUUUUACGACUCUCGUUUAACCAAAUUGGAUCCUAAUUACCUUUCAACUUUUCACAUGGAUUCUUCAAGUGUACAAAUUCUGGAUAUCCGUGUCCCAGGUAUUCCGAUUUCUGAACUGCGAGGACAUAAAGGUGCUGUUAAUUGUAUGGCAUGGUCACCUAUUGGGAGCUCUGAGAUCGCCACCGGAAGCGAUGAUCAUCAGGUGUUUAUCUGGGAAGACUUGGAACAUCAUCACGGCAAAGCAACUUCAGCCGUAACAGUAGUUCGAACGCAAAAAGUCCCUCCAGCAUCCACAACCCGUGUGUUUGCACGAACCUUUCCGCGCAGCCAAUGUAGGAGGGGAAGUCAAUCAGAUUGCAUGGUCAAGCUCUGUCCGGACUGGAUUGCUGUUGGAUUUGGAAGGACUGUCCAGGCACUGCGGUUGUAAAGUGAUUGUAGAAUCCUAGUCUUCAAUAUUUUAGAUGUCAUAAUAAAA